AUGAGAUCCGUGGGUGUUUUCCUGGCACUCCUCGGAGUGACUUUCGCAGCCUCCAUACAUGAAAAACAUAUUCAUCCACACCUCAGAGCAAAGCGGGAUGCCUGCUCCGGAAACACAGCUAGCGAUAGGCAAAGCUGGUGUGAUUAUGAUGUGUCUACCGACUACUACGAGGUCGUGCCUAACACCGGCGUGACGAGAGAGUACUACUUCGAUAUUCAAGAAGUUACAGUUGCCCCUGAUGGCUACUCUCGCACAGCAAUGGCUGUCAAUGGGUCUGUCCCAGGUCCUACCAUCCAAGCUGACUGGGGUGACAAUGUCGUCGUGCAUGUCACCAACAGCCUUGCAUCAGCGAAGAAUGGAUCCAGCAUCCACUUCCACGGAAUUCGUCAGAAUUACACAAACCCCAACGAUGGUGUCGUUUCUAUCACCCAGUGCCCAACUGCUCCGGGCAAGACAACUACCUACAGGUGGCGAGCCACUCAGUACGGUAGCUCCUGGUAUCAUUCCCACAUUGGUUUGCAGGCCUACGAGGGUGUUUUCGGUGGUAUCUUGAUUAAUGGUCCUGCUACUGAGAACUAUGAUGUCGACAAGGGAAUGUUGUUCCUCAAUGAUUGGAGCCACCAGACAGUUGAUGAGCUUUACGAAUCUGCUCAGGCCAGUGGUCCACCUACAUUGGACAAUGGUCUCAUCAAUGGCACAAACGUCUACGGCGAUGAUGAUUCAACUAGCCAGACAGGUUAUCGCUUCAACACUUCAGUCACCGCUGGAACUUCUUAUCGUUUCCGUUUGGUGAAUGCGGCGGUGGACACCAUGUUCAAGUUCAUGAUUGAUAACCACACUCUUACUGUGAUGGCUAUGGAUCUCGUGCCUAUCGAGCCUUUUAACACCACUGUUCUGAGUAUCGGCAUGGGCCAAAGGUACGAUGUCAUCGUUAACGCAGACCAAUCCACCGGCAACGAGAGUUUUUGGAUGCGCGCCAUUCCCCAAGCGGCCUGUUCCGACAACGACAGUGUGGACAAUAUCAAAGGCAUAAUAUACUACGGCGACUCUCCUUCAACGCCCAACACAACUGCCUACUCCUAUACCGACGACUGCGACGACAUGCCAAUGUCCGACCUCGUCCCAUACCUGAAACAAAGUGCAUCUCUCCCCUACUAUAACUCCAGCGAGCCCGUUACCCUCGUUCAAAACUCCGAGAAUCUCUUCCGGUGGAAGAUGAACGGCACCUCUAUGCAGGUCUACUGGGACAACCCCACCCUGCUCCAAGUCUGGAAUAACGAUACUUCAUUCACGAACGAGAGUGGAGUUGUGGAGUUACCCCGUGCGAAUGAAUGGUCUUACGUCGUCAUUGAAACCGCCUUGACUGUCCCGCACCCUAUCCAUUUGCAUGGUCAUGACUUCUUCGUCUUGGCCCAGGGUACUGGCUCCUACAGCUCCUCGGAUAUUACGACUUUGACCAACCCGCCUCGUCGUGAUGUGGCGAUGCUUCCUAGCUCGGGGUACUUGGUCGUGGCUUUCAAGACGGAUAACCCCGGUGCGUGGCUUAUGCAUUGCCAUAUUGGAUGGCAUACCGAGGAAGGCUUCGCUAUUCAGUUCUUGGAGCGGUAUGAGGAGGCUCGCAAUCUGAUCGAUUAUGAUACGUUGCAUUCAACCUGUAAGGAGUGGGAUGCUUAUGUGAACGAGAGUGAAGUUGAGGAGGAGGAUGAUGGUAUUUAA